AUGCCUCAUCCGGUCAGCAGCUCUCUUCUUCAUCGUCGGCCGGAGCGGCAACAGUACCAGCCCCCAAGAGCCCACAGCGCCCGAUUAAAGCGGCCGGAAAACGAGCCACUACGGAAGAAGCACCGGCCACCACCAACACAUCGAGCACGAGUGGCACCACAGCAGCAACCGGAGCAGCCGCACAACCAUCAGCCCCAUUCGACGAUCAGCAGCAGCAUUCGGAAGGAGUUGGCUUCGUACGAGAAUCCCUACCAGGCAUCGGGUGGUGUGCGCAAGAAACCAACCAAACGCAACGCCAGCACGGAAAGUCUUGAUCUGUUCGAUAAAUGUCCACCGGACGAAUGUAGCUGUGGGCUUUAUUCGCCCAGUUCGAUAAAUGGUGGGAAAAGUUGCCGAAAGUGUAGCGCUUGUGAUAGUGGACGUCCUGGGAAGUCUGGCACCUCGUCGGGGGGGACGCAACAGAAGAAGAACAACUCUUCCAAAUUUAAAGAUGCCUCAACGAGCCCGAAAUCGUGCAGUCCCAUGAAAACGAUGGCGCCGGAAUGUCGCAGCCCGAAAAUUGAGGCCUCCACGGAUACGAAGUUUGAUUUCAAUCUUUCCCCAAAAACCGAAAGUCACUACCGGCGACUCUCUUCACUGAGCAUUAAUUCAUCCGGGAAGCAUGCGGCUACCGCAAGUCCUAUGAAGCACUCGGGAUCAGCAGCAGGAACAUCGACAACAACAAGCCCAAAGGUGAGUCCCCAGAAGCUAACACCGAUGAGGACAUCCGAACAGCGCACGUUGGAAAAGUCCAACUCACUCGGCGAUAGCAAACCACCCCGUCUGCUUCGGAAUACGCGCAGCUUAUCACCACGACCACCCGUACGCCAUCAACAUUCGAUAAUGGUUUCCGAUGAGAACGAUAUCAUCUCGGUGAAGUUGUCGCCGAACGAGGAGUACGAUGAUGAGGCGGUAAAACGGGCGGUGGGUGCUACGGUUAAGCUAGAAGUUGAGAAUUUGACCGCGCCGGCAAAUGGUUGCGGGACGGAACGGGCCAAAAAGUUGGGUGAUUGCAUGAAAAGUGCGAACGGCAAUAGAAGCACCAGCUGCUUGGUGUACGUUCCUUCCGAUCCUUGGACGCGAAUGUCGGCAAGUAACUCACCACUACCAUCAGCCAAGCAGCAGAAAUCAAAGACGCUUGAUAAUAGCAGCAAAUUGCACGGCAAACCUAGUCUGGAUUUCAUGAAAAAUUCCGACCCAUGGGUGUGGCGAUCGAAUGUGAACCUCCCGGAACGGUUGGCAAAGGGUGGCAAAAAGCGUGCGGCCGGUUUACCGCAUCAAACCAAAUCGCUCACCAACACCGUCAGCCGGGAUGAUUCGGACGUUGCCAGACAUCAGUCAAAACUCUGUCAGCAGCAAUCCCUCGGACGGUUCGAAAAGACGCUUACCAUACCGGGCGUGGAUGGUGGGAGUUUCGAUGCGCGCAAAAAAAUUACUCGACCGAAGCUGCAGCGUUCCAAAUCGCCAUCGUUCUACGAGGAUCUCUUUCAACCGCCACCGGCUGGCGGUGGUGCGGAACCAAACAAAUCACCUCAAACGGGGUCACUAUCGCUUGGGAAAAAUAAGUCCGUUUCCUCGCUGAAGAUGGAAAAGAAUGCUUCCAACUUGAAUCUAAACGGACACAACAGUGGCACCAGCACCAGUGGUCUUGUCAGCAACUCGAACAACACUAACCACAGCAGCAAUACAAGCGUCAGCGGUAGCUUUAGCAGCUACAAUGGUAAUGGGUCACCGACCACCCGGAAGCAACCGUCGCCGAAGCUGAGCAUACUGCCUGCAACAACAGCAGUCGCCACCCUACAGCAGCAUUCUUCAUCCCCGGCAAAGCAUCAUCAGGAGGCAACGAAGACAUCCCAGAACUUGCUGAAUCCGAACAUGUUUCAACCGCGCCACAGUUUCUCGACACCUUCACAAAAGGAUGACGAGCUGCAGCUCAACAUACGGCGCUUGAGCGAACAGAUGAACAAGUACAGCCAUUCGUCAGCCUUCCCGUCCCCACCGGCAUUCCUAAACGACACGAUCCUUCAGCAGCAGGUCACAGCGAGCAAAAAGGUGGGCGGAAGUGGCAGCAGUUUGACGGUGGGAGGUACGAGCGCCGGCAGUAUCGGUGGGCUGAACGAAGCGUCCCAGCGCAAAACGGCUUCCCACUCGAAGAUUAAUGAACCAAUCCUUGAAACGCGUUGCUAA